AUGCCCAGAGAGAUCAAUGUCGGUUUAGGAAAUCGUGGGAAAUCGAGAUCUCUUCUUCCUUCUUCUUCUUCAAUGGAUAAUCCCGCUUCUUCUUCCAGACAACAUCAGCGCAACCAAAUCGCUUCUUCUGAGGAAAAACCGGUGAUGCCGGGCAAUGUCGUCGUCCACCAGCAGAUUUCUCCCGUAGAUCAAACGAUCGUCUCUUCUUCUUCUUCCGUUGGUCAUUCUCACUAUUAUAACGUCCCCGUGCAAAACCCUACCAAUCUCUAUCCUUACGAGUGGAAUGUUGCACAUUCUGGUUAUGUUCAAGGCAUCAAUAGUUGGGAUGGGUACCAUCCAGUUUAUGCUACUUCCCCUGAAUCCCUGCAUGUUCCACAGGUUGUCUACGGUGAAGAUUCGUCUUUUAUGUACCAACCUGGUUUUGCUUACAACCCUUAUCCGUCUAUGACGUUGGAGGGUCAAAUCCCAUUCUCCUCAGCGUAUUACCCACAGUUUGGCAACGACCCAACAUCUGCUUAUAUGAUUCCUUUUGGGGGAUAUGGGGGAGAGAAUUUAUCUGGUUAUCAAGGGGCCAACUACUCUUUAACAUAUCCUCAAACGAUGGGUAUACUUGGCCCAUACGACCACAAUGCUUCACAGUUUCAUGGGAAUGUGGUUGCUUCAAGCUCUUCUAUGGGAGGAUAUCAACAUGUAGGAUCUUACCACAGUCCAGGCUCUAAUCCCUCAUAUUAUGGAGUUGAUAAACCAGUCAGAUUAGCUUCUGACGUAGGUAAACGGCGAGAAAAAGAGUACAGUUCUUUUCCUACCACCAGUGAUCUCUAUGGUAAUCGAGGACCAAGAGCUUUUAACAAAAUAAAGAGCAAGAACGGUUCUAAGCUUGAUUCUUCUGCUGGUGAUUCAAUAAUGGAUUCAAGCACAGCUGGACCAAACCCCAGUUUGUACAACCAUCCAGAAUUUGUGACCGAUUAUAAGAAUGCCAGAUUCUUUAUCGUCAAGUCUUUUAGUGAAGACAAUGUUCACAGAAGUAUCAAGUAUAAUGUCUGGGCCAGCACGCCACAUGGCAACAAGAAGCUAGAUAUUGCUUAUCGAGAUGCUGAGAAGAUGGGUGGAAAUUGUCCAAUCUUUCUCUUAUUUUCGGUAAAUGCUAGUGGACAGUUCUGUGGGGUGGCGGAAAUGGUUGGACCUGUAGAUUUUGAAAAGGAUGCUGCUUACUGGCAGCAAGACAGGUGGAGUGGGCAGUUCCCAGUGAGAUGGCAUCUUGUGAAAGAUGUACCGAAUAACCGGUUUAGUCAUAUUCUUUUACAAAACAAUGAAGACAAGCCGGUGACACACAGCCGAGACUCUCAGGAGGUGAAGCUACGUCAAGGGAUCGAGAUGCUGAGAAUAUUCAAAGAAUACGAAGCACACACAUCAAUACUGGAUGAUUUCAACUACUAUGAUGAAAGAGAGAGUCAGAAGGUGAGAGAAGAUGGAGGGAGGAAAGAAGAGACCUCUUGCGUGGAACAGUUAUCAGAACGUCUUCAAGCUGUCACAGUAGAAGAUGGAAAGGAAGGGUUACAAGAAGACUUGAAAGAGAAAACUUGAUGAUGAGUGAUUGAUGCAGGAGUAGUAGUAAGUAGAAGCAUUCUUUUUGUAAACAAGGGUGGUUUUCUGUUUCUGUUUUCAGGGUGUGGAGCUGUAUACUAAAAAAGAGUACAGAUUCAACUCCUUGUGCUUUUGUAGCAUUAUGCGUUUUUUUUUCCAUCAAUGAAUAGCUUAGCUAUCUCUACAUCUCUAUUGCUAUCAGAUUCAGCAUUUGUAUCUGAAGAUAACUAAGAUAAGCCCCCAUUUAACCAUCUAAGUUUUUUUUUUUUUUUU